CGUGGCCAGGUGGGAGCCGCAGGCCUCUGAAUUAGGCCCCGUCCCGCCCACGUCCACUUUUAACCCUCGUGAGCGCCGAGGGAGACCCACGGCUGCGGCGCGGCACGCGUAUAAUUGGGCACAAACUCGUCCGAUCUGAUUAUUUCAAUCUUGCGGGCUUAAUAGAGCCCGAAGGGCGCCAAAACAAUUUAGAUAAGAGCCGUGGAGUGCGCGUAACAGAUGCCAUGCGCCGCGACUCGCGCGACCUUCGAGGAGACCGCGAGACUGUUUACACUGCUCUGGCCUUUGUAAUUAAGCGACUGUUCGAUGACACACGCCGAAAAGCACAAGAGGCGACUCAACAACAGUAAUCUCUCAACAUCCUCGUUCUCAGGUUGCGGAGUGCAUUGUUAAUCAUCUCGUGAUCAUCCCGCAGACCUCUCCAACACGCCCGGCUCUUCACUCCUGGCAGACCUUGUGCGACCAUAAUAGGUCGAUGGAGGAUGCUUUACUUCGGCGUUAACCGACGUGCACUUCGCACAAGUAUACGGUCGCUGUUCUAUCGAGAGCCACGACGUGCAUCGUCAGCUUGUAUGCCUUCGCCCUGUAAUCGCUCCGGGAGAUCGACUCCGGCGUAAUCGAUGCGCCGACCUCACACGUGCUCGGAAGUCGCGGUUGAGGCGGGAGGGAGAAGCAGAGUGCAAAAAACGGAAGGAAUAUCGAGGAGCGCUCGGAAAGAGCGCCAUUAGCAUCCGAGAACGGCAAGGCAGCCGGAAGGCGCUUGGGUUCUCAUAAGACGCGAGUCGUUUAAUUUUCAAUCGAGUAAAAAGCAGUAUUGCUCAAGAGAUGAGGGAAGAAGCUCAACCCGAAGUUCGCCCGAGACAAGCGCCAACUGUGGUAAUCCAGUCAGCCUUUCGCUCCGAGUGUCAUAAUUUCUGGCAAGAGGCCUUCGUGACUUUACGCCGCCCCGACAACUGGAAUAUUAAUCAGCUCGUUGGAAGCUCCACCAGUUCCACCAGUGGUGCUGGAAGCACCACGACUUGAGAGGAACCUCGAAAGCCUCGAAAAGUUGCCUUUGAACUUGAAGCAAGAAUUUCCCGCCGCGAGCGAGUCGGCCUUCGUCGAGCGGCGAAGCAAAGGACCAAAGAGCCAAGUUCCAGGCCCGCUCUCUGGUCCAGCCGAGGAGAACAGGCGUCGAGCGACGCGCCGGCUCCGAUUGAAACAUAAUUGACGCGCCGACCGCACACGCGCUUGUUCGGCGCCGCGGACGCGCGACUGAACGAGCGAGCGGGCGAAUGAAGAACGGCGGCGACGGCGCGCGCGCGCGCGGACGGAAGAACAGCAACGGGAGGGGGAUUAGCGGACGCGCACCUAUGCCGACACGGAACUCGGAAGAGCGAGCGACGCUCUCUCGGUGGCAUUCGCCUGCGAGCCGCAGCGCCGCGUGGUCGUACUCUCGCCACGACCGACAGACAGCACGUGCUAACCGGCAUCCCGCGACUUCGGCGUUUUCAUCCCCGUGCGAGGCACUGGCGGCGAUUCGCACGCAUUAGCUGAGGCCGUUGAGCCUCUUCUGUCUCGCGCGAGCUGACGACGAGGAGGAAGAGAAGUCAGCCAGGGGUGCUCCCGCUCGAGGGAGGCGAUCCGUUACCGGGGAAGAGCGGUGUGACGCCGCGCGUCGUCGUCAUCGUCGGCGGCUUGCGCGCCGAACGGUAUCCUCGCUCGCGGCGUUCCUGCGUGAAGUUGGCGUGGAAAGUGCCCGGGCACGCUCCGUUUCGCCGCGCGAACAGGACGACCGGCGGAGAGGAAGGAGCGAGCAGGAAACGGAGCUGGCGCAAGCUCGCUCGCUCGCGCGCGCUGGCUUCCUCUGCGCGUUCCUCGCAGAUUCGGAUCUCCGCGGAUUUGUAUUGGCGCCCUCGUCGUCUGAUCGCUGAGCGGUGCUGGCGGUGGCGCUUCUGGCAGGACUUACGGAGGGACAGUGAGAGUAGAUAAGUGUGCUGUGACAGCUGAGACAUCGCGCGCCGUGGAAGAUGGAGUCGACGAGAAUCCUGCUGCUCAUCGCGCUUCUGGGGGCCGCCAGCUGUCAGAACGACAGCCUGAUGACGAGCGAGGUCCUUCAAGGUUACGACCCUCAGUUCAUAGUGGGCUGUUACUUCCCUGCGGAAUUCCAGGGCGAAUUCGUGACGCAAGUGAGCGGUAAGGUUGGAGGCGCGGUGGACGAACCCAUUCAGUAUUCCGUCAUAAACAUCACCUUCAAUGCGAUAUCGACAUGGGGCUACUGCCGCAGGAGAGUCGGCGAUAAGGUGCUGCUGAUGGACAGCGAUGACGGCAGGGACUGCUUACGGUGCUUCCGGCCGUUGCGGAGGUCGCGGAACGUCAUCGAAGUGUUCUCGGAAGCUGCCAAUAGAUGUUACACGUCGGAGCCGGUCGCUUUGGCCUCGUGCGACACAUUGAACUCCACGUCGAUCCUGUACCGCACGAAAGAAAUCGGCGGCCAGGAGAUCCGGAACGAGUACUGUCCGAUCGUCGGUCUGUAUCACUUCAAGUACAGCAUCAACAACGGCUCUGCGACAUCCUUGGAAUGCAACUCCUUCCUCUCAGACUUUAGUAAUUGCCCGGACGGCUCGGUGUUACGUUUGAACUUCAAACGAUGCUCCUACGAGCAACGCGAUCUCACCUUCAAUUGUUUGGGCAACUGGCCUGGACCAGGUGGCUCUAAUUACUUCGCUCUAUGGGACAACGACACUAUCGAAGGCCAGCCUCGAUACAGAUGCGGGAUAUACGACGUCGACAACAAAACGGGGAAGACCUACAUGGCGUUCAGCAGCGACUCCAGCUGCACGCGAAAUCUGCAGAACUCGACCAGCGGCCACGAGACUCUGAUUCUCAGCAAGACCCCGAAUCAGAAGAAGGUGCCGAAUUACGUGAAGACUCAUGUCGCUACAUUCCCGAAAUGGGCACAGGGGGUGUGGGAGCAGGCUCUCAUAGUCAACGGAACCAUGACCUUCACCGAUCUCAACGGCUACAACAGUUACACCUUCAUCACGGUGGAGGCGAACGAGGAUACCGGCCGUUACACCGUGUACUCUAAGGAUCAAUGCGAGCAGGACGCCUACGUGUGUUUGGUGAUGAGGCAGCGUAGUGAAAACAUACUGGAGUUUACGAUAGGGAUGGUCCUCAGUCCAGUUUACCAAGACUAUCUGUGCGACGAUCCGAAUCUGGACAAACCGGUGUGGAUGACUCAAGCACGUAUCGAACGCGCGGUGGAGUCGCCCUGCCCAAUUACAGGCGAAUACACGGGAAGGAUAACGGAUCUGAUGGGAAUGUGCGCCGAAUUGAGCAGCAACUGCAACACCCGCGAGAUUAUGUACUUCAGAGUCAGCGACUGCGAUUCUGGGGAGCUGUACGAACAACGAACGUAUCUGUGCUUGGGGCAGUGGGAAGAGAAAGGUGUGAUGUAUACUUAUACCAUGAGGAACGACACGCAAACGAAUGAGUGCUUCGUAGGCCUGAUCGUCAACGACGAGGAGAUAUACAUCAAGGAAGCUGGCGACCACUGUAUGCGAAACAUCGAUCCUAAAACGCAGGGGAUGCGUCUCUACAAGAAAGGACAAUGUUACGGGAAUUCGCCGAGUCCCGCGCCGACGCCGAUGCGACCAAUACCUCACAACCCGGUAAUGAGGAUCACGACGACUAAACCGUCGAGAGCACCAGGAAACACCAAGGUGCCAGGUAACGCAGUUUCCUCGUCGUCUGCCUGCAGAUCGAACGCGUACACGAGUUUCGCGCUCCUCUUCGCUGUGCUCGCCGCGCGUCUCAAGGUAGCCUCGUACGCGUCCGAAUAAUGAACAGCGUUUUUCGAGUUCGAUAAUGCGCUAGUUAAUGAAUAUUGCUACGUGGAUGCG